AUGCAGCUGAAGAGGCCUUUGGGUGAGAAAUUAUCUGAUGGGCAGUGCCUGGAUGUGCAGCUGGUGUGUGAGCAGAGGUACUUCAGGUGGUGGUACAAGAAGACCCGCAUAGAGAAAAAACCUGCCUUCAUUGACCUCUUGUGUGCUGUUCCUCUGCAGCAGAUCUACGGGUGCCCGCUGGGCGGGAUCGGGGGAGGCACCAUCACCCGUGGCUGGCGGGGGGAGUUCUGCCGCUGGCAGCUGAACCCGGGCAUUUAUCACUAUGAAACGGUCAUCGCCGACCAGUUCACAGUGUGCCUGCGUUGCAAGGGGCAGACAGUUUACCAGCAGGUUCUGUCUGUGGAGAGACCCAGCACUCUGCAGGGCUGGAACUGGGGCUACUGCGGCCACUACGCCUUCUACCAUGCCCUGUACCCCCGUGCCUGGAUGGUCUACGAGCUCCCGGGGCAAAACGUGGUGCUCACUUGCCGCCAGGUCUCUCCCGUCAUCCCCCAUGACUAUAAGGACUCCAGCCUGCCGGUGGGAGUGUUCGUCUGGGAGGUGGAGAACGGGAGGGAUGAGGACGUGGACGUCUCCAUCAUGUUCAGCCUGCAGAACGGCACGGGAACGAAGGAUGACAGGAGUGGAGGGCACUGGAACGAGCCCUUCGCCUUCGAGAAGGAGGGCGAGCAGGUUGCGGGAGUCCUGCUGCACCACUGCACACGCGUGAACCCCUUCACCCUCGCCAUCUCUGCCCGGGAGAAGGCUGGCACAGGAGUCACCCACUUCACGGCGUUCAAUCCCAAUCCCGCGGGAUCGGGUAGAGAGGUGUGGCAUGCCCUCCUGCAGGACGGCAGGCUGGAUUCCCCCGCUGGUGAGUCCCUCCGUCCCCUGUGGGACGGGUGGCGGGGGAGCAGGGAAAAACACAGGACGCUGGAGUUGGCCCUGGCAUGGGACAUGCCCCGUGUUCAUUUUGGCUCCAAGGAGAAGCUGCACCUCAGGCGGUACACCCGUGCUUUUGGCAGCGGAGGUGAUGCCGCUCCUGCCCUGUCGCAUCACGCACUGACGCACUACAAGGAGUGGGAGAGGAAGAUCGAAGCAUGGCAGAAGCCCAUCCUGGACAACAGCUUCUGCCGCCAGGAGUACCGGAUGUACAACACCUACGAUGUCCACUUCUACGCCUCCUUUGCUCUCGUCAUGCUGUGGCCCAAGCUGCAGAUCAGCCUGCAGUAUGACAUUGCUGUAACAGUGGUGAACGAGGAUGUCCAGCCUCGGCAGUACUUGAUGUGUGGUCAGACAGCCCAGGUGAAGCUGAAGAACGUGGUGCCGCACGACAUUGGGGACCCAGCUGACGAGCCGUGGCAGCGUGUCAAUGCCUACCUGAUGCACGACACGGCCGACUGGAAGGACCUCAACCUGAAGUUUGUGCUGCAGGUGUACCGCGACUACUACCUGACACGCGACUCCCUGUACUUGCGGGACAUGUGGCCAGUCUGCCAGGCUGUGAUGGAGUCAGAGCUGAAGUUUGAUACAGAUAACGAUGGGCUUAUCGAAAAUGGUGGCUUUGCUGACCAGACAUACGACGCGUGGGUGGUAAAUGGAGCCAGCGCGUACUGUGGCGGGCUGUGGCUGGCAGCCGUCUGCAUGAUGUGCAAGAUGGCAGAGGUGCUCGGGGAUGCUGAGAUCCAGCAGAAGUACACGGACAUCCUGAGCAAGGGCAAGGAGGCAUUUGAGAGGAUGCUCUGGAAUGGAAAAUACUACAACUAUGACAGCAGUGGGAGUGACACCUCCAGCAGCAUCAUGUCAGACCAGUGUGCCGGGCAGUGGUUUCUUGGGGCUUGUGGUCUGGACCAAGGGGAGUUUGAGGUCUUCCCCAAGAGUCAUGUUGUCAGUGCACUCAAGACCAUCUUUGAAAAGAACGUCAUGAGCUUUGCUGGUGGCACCAUGGGAGCGGUGAAUGGCAUGAGACCUGACGGGGUGCCCGACACCUCCAGCGUGCAGUCCAAUGAGGUCUGGAUCGGUGUGGUCUACGCCUUGGCUGCCACCAUGAUCCAGGAGGGGCUGGUGGAGGAAGGCUUUCAUACAGCGGAGGGCUGUUACCGGACAGUUUGGGAACAGCUGGGCAUGGCUUUCCAGACACCGGAGGCCUAUCGGGAGAAGAAAGUCUACCGUUCGCUGGCUUACAUGCGGCCCCUUAGCAUCUGGAGCAUGCAGCUGGCCCUGGAGCGCAGAGCUGGCCAGGCACCAGCACCCGCGGAGCCCCCCCAGGUCCCCCUCCACCCUUGA